AUCGGAAGUGCACGUCACAAUUUUCGCCAUAUUGUCAACACUGAAGUUCCAGCUCAUCCCCUGAAAAUGAUAUAGACACGCAAUAAUAGUUGUAUUAUGCUCCCGAGAUCCAAGAUCGAAGAUCUACACAGGCAUGUCUCGUCCGGGCAGUUCAUCUGCUAAGGAGGGAAGCAAACCGGGGUUUUGGAAAAAGGGGACAAGUUUCCCAGGGAGCAUCAAGCCAGUUUAUGGAGCACAACACCCACCUAUGCAACAAUCAGCACUUCCUAGUAAAAGUAAGAGAGAUGAUAAUGGCAAGCUAAAGAGUAACAAAAAAGAUGCAUUCCAUGACUUUGAAAACAAGACGUCAGAUGCUUGGGAUGAUGGAGACGAUGAUUUACUCGUCAUGGCCAAUAUCCAGAUGUCUCUCCGUGAUGUCCGCAAAACUGCAGAGGCUGUCAUAGACAACCACAGUAAGCAAAUAAACGCCCAGAACGACAGCAAACAAAGUCAUGUGACUGCUAUCCCAUCAGCCACUUCCUCACAAGGAGCUGGUCCUGGAGUGGGAAUGAGGCUGAACACUGGAUGGCAGGCUCCCAAAACAACAGCCAUCAGACCAACACAGAAAAAAGUGCCAGACCGCCAAGUCAUCAAACUGGAAAAGUUCAAGAGUGCCAUGGCUGCACAGAACACAGACUUAGAUGAACUCAGAAAACUCAGCUGGUCAGGGAUUCCCAAAGCUGUCCGUCCUACUGCCUGGAAAAUCCUCUCCGGUUACCUUCCAGCUAGUCUGGACCGACGAGAACCUACUCUACUAAGGAAGAGGAACGAGUACUUUGGCUUUAUAGAACAAUACUAUGACACGAGACACCAAGAGAUGCAUCAGGAGACUUUUAGACAAGGGCUAGGACUGGGUGCUAUUCUUAAAGAUAUUCCAAGAAUGACAUCACUUGCUCACUUGUUUCAACAAAAGGUUGUUCAAGAAAUUUUUGAAAGGAUUUUGUAUAUAUGGGCGAUUCGUCACCCUGCCAGUGGAUACGUCCAGGGAAUCAAUGAUCUCGUUACGCCAUUCUUUGUGGUUUUCCUGUCGGAAUAUAUUGAGAAUGAUGUGGAGUCUGAGAACUGUGACCUACAGGAACUUCCAGAGGAAACACUACGCAUCAUUGAGGCUGACAGUUACUGGUGUACGUCCCGUCUGCUGGACGGUAUCCAAGACAACUAUACAUUCGCACAGCCGGGCAUACAAAUGAAAGUCAAUGCCCUCAAAGAGCUUGUGAAAAGAAUAGAUGUUCCCCUACAUAAACAUUUGGAGGAACAGACUGUGGAAUACCUUCAGUUUUCUUUCCGGUGGAUGAACAAUUUACUGAUGCGUGAAAUUCCACUCAGAUGUACAGUCAGACUAUGGGACACUUACCUGUGUGAGCCCAAUGGUUUCGCUGACUUUCAUCUCUACAUGUGUGCAGCAUUCCUAGUGAGAUUUUCUAAAGAUAUACAACGGGAACGGGAUUUUCAGGGAAUUCUCAUGUUUCUACAAAAUUUACCAACACAUCAUUGGAACAACGAAGAAAUCGGAGAACUUUUAGCAGAAGCAUUCAAACUCAAAUACAUGUUUGCAGAUGCACCAAGUCACUUAGACAAGAAAUGAUGUACAGAAAUAGUUUAGUAUUACAGUUGGUUUUUACUCGGACGCACUUGUGUGGGUCACUCAUCUGUACGGUUGUGUGCAUAUAUGAUUACGGUGCCAAAUAUAGAACAUUUGACCUGUCUGCAAGGUCAUAUGACAGUUGAUGUCACAUGGUCACAACUUAGGUUUGUAACAGUCAUUGCAUGGUUAGUGACCUUUGACCUGUUUUAAGUAAUCAAGGCAGUAGAAGGAUUUAUAUGAUGUCCAGGCAAAGCACCAGAUUUGUAGUACUGUUUGUUAUCAGUGAUACCAUGUGUGUCUUUUACAAAAUUAGGGCAAACAUCUCCACAUGAUAUACAAAUAAUCAGUGGAAUCUCUGGUGUCAACUCAGGUCAUACCAAACAGGUACAGAUCACCAUUGAAAAAGUGUUAAUAUCAGUGAGAGAAUGUGUUUUCAGUUUGACAUAAAAUGUUAUCUGGGAGUGUUAUCGGUAAGGGAGUGUUAUCUGUGAGUAAGUGUUAUCUGUGAGUAAGUGUUAUCAGUGAGAUUAGGGUUAUUGGUGAGAGAAAUGGCUGUCGGUGAGAGAGAAAAAUAUAUUAUUGUUUGGAAUGAAUUUUUUUGUCUGCGAGACAGUAUUUUUUAUCAUCGAGAAAAAGUAUUGUCAUUGUUUUAGUGUUACAUAUGUACUGGAACAAGUAUGUUUUACUUUACACUUAGAAUGUACCAAUGUGUGUUGUACUAUAAUAGUAUGUACGUGUUUAGUACUGGGUGUGGGGAUUUGGUCUUCAAUCACAGUGUGUUGUCAAGGAUACCAAACCAUGUAAUCAACUCUGAUGUGUCCACAAUUUAAAGUACACAAACUAAAGUGGAGACAACUCGUGUUACGAUGAGACAAGACCUUGGUAGGUCAUACUGUGUCAUUGGCUUUCUUUUGUGAUGGAAUUCAUUUCUAUCAUGUAUCAUUUAUUAAAGUAAUAAGUGAUAAUAAAGCUGUUGUUACAUUAAAAGAUGUUAUUGUAUGAAAAUAAUCCACUUUUAGUGCAAAACUAGGUAUAAUUUUUAAGACAUAUUUGAAUCCCAUACAAACUCGUCUUGUUAUUAAACAAUACUUCCUGAUGAUAACACUAUGAUUUUAUACCAAGUCAAUGUUUUGUAAGUUCUUCAAGUCUCCCUGUUAUGGAGGGAAAUUUUAAGUAGUAAUCCUCUUCAUUGACUUGUUAAAUUCUCUAUUUCUUUUCUCAGAUUAAGUAAUGCAUUAGUACAGGUUUUUUGGUAAUUUGCAUUAUUUUUGUCGAAUAGUUUUAAUUUUCAUUUAGCAUUUCUAGAUUUCAACAUCCUGUUUUCUUGAUCAAAAGUUUAAAACACUUGAGUACUAUGUUGAUUAACUGGAAAAGGACCAUAUACCCAGGAAUUUACAGGACCAACUUAAUAGGAAAAUAAAACAACAUAAUCAGUAAUGUGACAUUAAAUAACAUGGCAGUAAGUGGCAUCAUAUGCGACACCUGUUGUAGAUUUUACCUCUGUGUUCGUUAUGUUCACAUGACCAGGUAGAAAAUACAAUGUGAUAUACCAGGUAUAUGAUGUAUAAUACCAUUUGUGUUAUAUGUAAUUACAUGUUAUAUAUAAUAACAUAUGUAAUAUGCAUUUAAAGUAUCAUUGUUAUAUGUAACAUGUUUUUAUUAUGCAUUUAAAGUAUCAUUGUUAUGAGUAACAUGUUUUUAAAUGACUACAUGUUUAUUACAAAUGGUGUUGUGUAUCAUAAGUUGUAUCUAUGUGUGAAAGUCACCACAUCAGUGACAUGUUUGACCCUCUACUACCAUUUUUUUAAUUGGUUACAAAUAUUCCUGAGUUUACUCGGUGGAUAACUAGGUACCCUAACACAUACUAACCUGGUGUAGUGUCAAAUUAUCAUCAGUCUUCAUCCAGUGUAUUACCAUAUAGUAUAUAUGUAUAGGAUCAUUUACCAAACUCAAAUAAAGUUCAGCCAGCUGUUUUUAUGGAUUGACCAUUUGAUCAGGAACUCCAAUAACUUUUUAUGUUACAAGAUUAACUUAUAAAAAAGUUUACUACAAGAUAAAUUAGCAUAUAAGUUGUCACAAUAGAUAAAGGUAUAGAAUAGUAGAAUCUAACAUGGGUCUGUUCUGUGGACAGGGAUAUCUCAACCCUUGUGUAAGAGUUUGGCCAGUCAGCACUAGGCUUGCUGAGUGCUGGCAAAGCAAACUCUCACACGAGGGUUGAGAUAACCUUGUUCGCAGAACAGACCCAUGUUUGAUAAUGUAACCUUUUAUGAAAGUUUUUCAUCGCGCCAUCUAUAAUGCACCUUGAAAUGUGCAUCAAAAUUGAUGAUGUCAUCAUUCACAGCAUGGUCACUGAACAUAAAAUAAUGAUGUUACAUUAUUGUGAGCAAUGUCAUGUAGCAAGUGCCAGUUGUCUUUAUCGCAUAUGUGAGAUUGAUUCAUGUUUUCCCUAGCAACUGCGGGAUAACCCUGUGAAGUAUGUCCUACACUCUAUUGGAGUGACUAUAUUAUUACUGGCCAGGAUAGUGAAACUACAUAAAGACUGUAAUACUGGCAAGGAUAGACAAAUUACACAUAGGGACUGUUAAAGAGCAGUUGGUCAAUGAACAGUGUCCCAAGUUCAUAUGAUGACACCGUAAAACAGCAUAAUUAACUACAUGUUCAUAUAUUUGUCAUAAAACUUAAUUCAUACCCCCCCCCCUUAAGUGCUGGAUUUGAUUUGAGCUCAUUGCAUGAAACUUAAAUGUACCUAAAAGAUGCAAGAAAAUAAGAUGUGCCAGAAAAGUGCUUGAAAAACAUGUAAGAAGCACAUUUAACCUGUCACAUCAUAUAAUCUUACUAUAAUUGUUUGCAGUAUAGGAAGUGGGAAGUGGCACUUUACGUCACAGAUGUGAUACUAGUGGUUAGUGCUGGUAGCUAAUCAUAUCAAAUUUUUUUACUCAGAUUCAGUACUCAACAUUGUUUGAAAUGCUCUGUGGAACUUGAGGAUCAAUAACUCAGUUCAAGCUAAACAUUGAAGCUAUUUAUACCCUGUGAGCCAUUUCUAAUAUUAAUCCUUUAUAAUUCUUUAUAAUAAUAGCAAAGUGUUAAUCUGAAAAUGGAGGAUAUUUUGAUACUGUAAAUAUGAAAUAGGAUUGAAAUACUCAGAAAGUGUAAUCACUGUAUAUACUAUUACCAAUAGAACAGUAUCUCAAGUUUCUGUUGAUCGGAAAUGUAGGCUUCAGUCUCGCAUAGGCAAGCUCUCAGUAAAUUGAGAAGGAGGUAAAGGUCAUAGUGCAUUGGAGUCGAGGAUGGGGUAAAGGUCACAGUGCAUUGUGAAGCUAUCAGGGAGGAGGUAAAGGUCACAGUGCAUUGUGAAGCUAUCAGGGAGGAGGUAAAGUUCAUAGUGCAUUGUGAAGAGUCAAGGAUGAGGUAAAGGUCAUAGUACAGGAGUUUAGCCAUUGCAUGUACAUGUACUUAUUUUCUUCCAAGAUAAAACCACCAAAGUACUGAAACUGUCAUUCCCAAAGAAAUAUAAUUUACAUUUAUUUUGAUUUAUAUGAUUAUCAAUUCAUGCCAGUGCUUGAAAUUGAAACCUUUCUUUGUCAUUGACUAAGAGAGAUUGUACAUUGGUAUAAAAUCUAAGUGAUUUUCUAAAGUCUGGUAUGAUCAUUUUACUUCAUGGAAUCAACAAAUUUACAUGCUCAAUAUAAAUUGCAUUUGAAGAAAUGUAAUUACGGUUGGUACAUCAAUAAUUUAUGUAUUAAUAAAUAAAUGGUAAAAGUAUUACAUGUGUAUAGUUGACAAAUCUGCAUGUUAAAUAAGAAUGGGUAAAUAAGCUCCUCUUCACUAGUAUUAAGUAUGCGUAUAGGGGACUCUAGAUACUGUGUACCAUCCCUAUAGUAAAAUGUUCUUGUAUAAAAGGACUAGGAUCCUGCUGCCUUUCCACAGUAGGAUGUGUAAGCUAGUAUUGAGUACCAUACAUGUCUAGUGUACUGUGUAGGGAAGCAAGGAUCAGUGCUACAACGGUAAAAGGAGAAUAUACAGUCUAGGAUAUAGUAUACAAAACCACUUCAUUAUAUGUCUUCACCAUUGUCGGUUUAACCUCACACCCAUUAUGUCACUGUGGAAUGGCUCUUUGAAUGUACUGGAGAGUCUAUUCCUUAUAUUUAGGGGUGCCUUCUCAUUUUAUAUAUUACAUUUUAGGCAACCUCCUGUAUUAUGUAUGAUGUUAAAAUCAUGAUUCAGUUUGAAUUCAAUCUCAUCUUGUGAUGAAGCAUUUUCUUAAGGUUGGUAAGUGUAUUUGUGAUUAGAUUUUUGUGUAUCACGACCAUGGAUUAAUAUGUGACCUAUCAGUGACUACACCUUGUCACUUUUAUCAGAAAAAUAACUCUGUACACAUGUUUGAAAUAAAAAUGAACCCACUUCAAACAAAACAUGACCGAAUAGACUUGUACACUAUUUACAACCUUAGUAUACAUUGGAUUAUACUGAAGCCAAAAAGACUCCAUUUAUUAAAAUUACAUACAUAAAUGCUUUACCCAUCAUUUGUCUGAUGAAGGUGACAAAGUGUAGCCACCGUAGUGUCACGCAAUCAUACACAGGUUGUGGUAUACAAAAAUCUCUUCACAUACUGCUAGUGGUAUACAAAAAUCUCUUCACAUACCGCUAGCUAUCUAUCAUAUUCAUCUACUGUGCAACGUUAGAACAUGAAUUUUAGUGUUCAUAACUAGUUGUGUAUCAAUUAAUAUGUUACCUGAAAUGUUCAUUUUCUUGUUAAAAAAUCUCUGAAAAAUAUGGUCAGUCUAAAUUGUACCUUAGUUACUGAUACAUGAUAUGUUGAUUUUAUUUUCAUUCACAAAUUUUAUUUUCAUCAUCCUUCAUUUUGUUGUCAUUUAUUCAAUGAAUGAAUAAACCAUGAAAUUUCUACUGAUA